GUACUGGCCGUUCAAUCUGUGCUUUACUUUUCUAUUUACUUGCCAGAAAUGCAAAGAAUAUUGUCAUAAAUAUUUCACAAUCACGUGAAAAUAAAUCAUACAAAUUAUUUUAAAUGAUGUUUUAAUUUAAAACUUAUUUAUUUACACAAAUCGGCUAAUCAAUUUUGAACUGACCAGAAGUAAAAUUUUGGAUGGAUUAUUUGAAUACCCUUGAAUUAGAUUCAACAAACAGAAGAUCGCAUCGUGUGCGGUCUUGGUACCUAUAUGAACAAUACAAGUCACUAGAAAGGCAUCAAUUAGAUGCCGCUAAGAGAUUAAAAGAUAAAUCUUAUCAAGAAAAGAUUUUGCGCCAGGAGCUUUUCGAACGAAAUGCUAGGAGAAAGCUUUACGAUCAAUAUGGUUCAUGUCGUAGUGAACCUGGAAAAAAGAAGACUAUGAAAAGCAGUGACACCAAAACAACCUUGAGCGCGAGUGCAGAUGAUUUCUUUGAAAGCUUCUGUGAACUUCAUGAGGAUGAAAACGUAACACACAUUACUGAAAAUGAUUCGUCUGAUGACUCUUUUAGUCAAGACGACUCUGUUAUAUUGAAGUCGUUCACUGAAGAUUUUAAGAGUAUCGAAGACCCAAAAGACGACAAUAGUUACGCGGAGAGUGUUAAAAGUGUUAUUGAAAAUAAUAUGAAGUCUAUGGAAAGUCUCGAUAAAACGCUUAUGGGAGCAGUUAUUGCAAAAGACCUAAAUUUACAACUUGAGGAAGCAAAAGAAAAUAUAGAGUGUAUCGAAAAAUUCAUUGAAAUGAGCGACAUCGAAAAGGCCUCAGAAAAUGAAAGCGGUAUGUCCGCAGUGGAGUAUAAAAAUAAACAGAGUGGUACAGAAAAUAAGAAAUUUAAACCACAGAACAAUGUUAUUACGAUCUGGUCACGCUUAGUAACGUUUGCUUAUCAGAUUAUAAAAAUUAACCACGGUAAUUGCCACUACGACUAUAGCUCUCAAUUUUUAACGGCAGUGCUAGCUUGUGAUGUGCUGCGCAGGGGCAUCAGUAGAAUGUCCUUACGUUUCACCAAUAAAAUUUGCUACUGAUGAUGAAUCUGACUCUUCAGUAGGACACUAUAAAAUCGCAAAACGAAAACAAAAACAUUUGAAAAAAAAUGGGACAUCAUUUGGAUGCAAGAUAAUUCCAAAUCACAAAGGGGAGUUUACUAGAAAACAUGGAUUAACUAAAAAAUAUUGCUCCGAAGAUUACUGGCGACAAAAUUCUAAAAGUUCCGUAGAUAGAUACAAAAGAAAAAAGAAUACCAAGUGGGCUAGUGAACCUUGGCGAAGUGUGCCUCGAUUUACCAUAAACAAAGACCAUAAUGAACACUCCUCAUGUGAUAGUAUUUGGCCUGAAUUUUCACACGAAAAUAUUUUGAAGAAAAAUCAUUCAUAUGACUGCUCUUGUUGUAAACGAUUUAGAAAUCCGAUGUUAAAAAUAGCUCGAUACAUUGACAGGAUGUUAAAAGAUUUGGAGGAUUGUUAUUAAAUGCGAAAAAUCUGCUAA